AUGCCUGUCUCUCCCCAUACCCCUCCUGCCUCCUCAAGCUUCAAAGCCCGCUUUCUAAGGAGCAUGCUGUCCCCGAGGGGGCUCAUAGGCUCGUGGCGGGCUCCUACAGUGGGGCUUUUAGGCCAGGAGAUUUGCUCUCUGCAGGAGCGGUACUUAGUUAACGGGUCGUAUGGGAUCAUUUGGGCGGUGAGGGAGAAGGCGACAGGGAAGACGUGGUCGUGCAAGAGCAUUGACAAGGCACAGAUUCAGGGCUGUGAGGGAGAAGGCGACUGGCAAGACGUGGGCGUGCAAGAGCAUUGGGAAGGAUCAGAUUCAGGUGAGAGAGACAUAGAAGGGGGCCUCACGUGGGUCGUAUGGGAUCAUCAGGGUGGUCAGGGAGAAGGUGACGGGGAAGAUGUGGGCGUGCAAGAGCAUUGGCAAGGAGCAGAUUCAGGUUGCAAGCGUGCAGUGGCGGCAAUGAGGAGAGAAGUGACGGUGAUGCAGCUGCUGAAGGGGCAUGCGCAUGUGGUGGAGAUGAAAGAGACCGUGGAAGAUGACACGGCUGAUGUGUGCAGGCAUCCGCAUGUGGAGGAGCUGAAACAGGCUGUGGAGGAGCUGAAACAGGCUGUGGAGGAGCUGAAACAGGCUGUGGAGGAGCUGAAACAGGCUGUGGAGGAAUGUAGAGAUAGAGAUGGCACGCACGUGCACAUAAUCAUGGAGCUGUGUCGGGGAGGGGACCUCUUCGACCGCAUCAAGCAGCGGCGGCGGUAUGAGGAGGCACCAGCAGCCGCCGUGCUGCAGCAGCUGGCGUUGGUGCUGCGGGCGUGCCACUCCCUGGGGGUCAUGCACCGCGAUGUGAAGCCUGAGAACCUGCUGCUCUGCUCGCCCCAUGACGACGUUGCUGUGAAGGUCACUGACUUCGGGAUCGCUGCGACAAUCAAGACAGGUGCCAAGCUCACAGAGCUCAUAGGAUCCCACACGUACAUGGCACCAGAAGCUCCACUCUCAACACCCUUUUCUUCCCCUUCAUGCUCUUCUGCCCUCCUCCCCCUUGCGACCUCCCUCCCAGGCGCCAAGCUCACGGAGUUCAUAGGGUCCCACAUGUACAUGGCUCCAGAAGUUAUCAACAAGAGCUACAGUGCCGAGGCCGACGUCUGGUCGGCGGGAGUCGUCCUAUACGUCCUUCUGGCCGGCGUGCCGCCCUUCUGGGCCUCCACAGAAUCCGGAGUGCUGGAUGCAAUCGUAUCCAAGCCGCUCAACUUCUCCUUCCCUCCAUGGCCGUCCAUUUCCAUGGAGGCAAAGGGCCUUAUAAAAGAGAUGCUUAAGAAAGAGCCGGCGGAGAGAAUCACACUGGACGCUGUGCUUGGUAAGUGGAUUUUCCUUUAA